UAUAGAGAGUUAUCGGAAGAUACGGCAAGCCAGUCCUCGUCGCUAUACCUGUAUAUAAAAGCAACGGUUGAUUUCAGCCAAGAUGUCAUCUUCCACAGACGAUCCACGUUCCGUAAUGGAGUCCACACUACUCACUUUCCUCGGGCAUCAGGCAAUCAAUCGUGAUGUUGAUCCAGAAGUACCAGUGUCAUUGACCACACCAGAAUGUCUAUGGUAUAUAAAACCAGACAGUUUUAUAGCCAAGUACCCAUUCGUCGACAGCGUCAAGACCUCUGCCGAGCAGAAAGAGCAUAUGGGACAAGAGAGUAAAAUUAUAGAAGAGUCGCGAAACAAGAUCCUUGCCUGCACCAUCGAUGCGGUUAAGCGUAAGGGGAGCGCACACGUUGAACAUUGGACAAAGUUCGUUGGUGGUGAACCAUCAAUCAUGGAAAUAUGUUGGUUUGUGGACUUUACAGACGAUGGAAAGAAGAUCUCGAAGGUGGUCAAAUUCAUCGAUACCGCAGAAGGGGCGAAGACAAUUGACGAAAUGGCUAGGGGAGGGUAUAAGCUUGAAGAGGAGGCUGCUAGUAAGAAGUGAGAGUCUGGCCAAGUCUAACGCCUAACUCCUAAAACUCUUGCGAUCGGAACCCCACUACCUAGUUCACUAGUCCUGCGCGCCGGGCUUGACUUCUCGGUGAAUAUAAACAAUCCGUAUGUGCGGUCUAAGACAUCAUUACGUAGUAUUAUUGGGUGAAUCGCGACUUUUAUUUUAUACGUGUUGUCGUAAUUUGUACGUAUCGUAGGUAGGUUUUAA